AUGUUUGACGACGAAGAGCGCGACGUGGGGAUGCGGACGGCGCUGGAUAGGGCCAGGAGCCUGAACGACAAGGUCAAGCUCGCGCUCGGAGCGUUGCGUGCGCAGGGUGCGCAUUUGCCACAACGGCUGGAGCAGGACCUGGAAGCGCUCGAUGCUGUCAG